CCACACUCAAGAAGAUGGAAAGCCACAGGCAAGGAUAAUUUAUUCUUCUGCCAAACAACAACUUGUACAGUGUCUACAAGGACCCACUUCUUAACACGUACCUCUAUAAGUGUACUAAUCUCCAGAGGAACGAACACAGCCUCCAAACUGCUUAUCACAAUAGAGUACGGUAAAUGGACUUCCACCUUCCUCUUUAGUACCUACUAAUGCUAUCCAUGUAUCUCUGUUUGUACCCCGAGCGCAUCUUGAUUAAUACCUCAUACAACGCCAGAGACCCAACAUUCCACACUUUCAACCUCAACCCUAAAGAAUCCAACCUAUGACAGCAGGAAUGGCGGUCUGGGGGGGGAUUGGUUUAGUUGUGAGAGGGGUCCUUCGUAGAGUUCGCCAACUCACUCCAUUAUCUGCACGUCAACUGGUCACGAUACCCCUUGGACUUGGUCGAUAUGUCUCAUGGAAGCGAUUCGGGAAGAGACAGACGGUGUCCUGUCUAACAUCCUUUUACUGAGCAAUCGUCUAUCAAGAUGCCUCCGUUGACUCGAACAAAGAGCGAACGCGUUAAUGUCCAUCGUCUAGCGGUAAUCUAGACUGAAACAUUUGAUUCAAUUCAUUAGCUACUUCAGGGCCCUCCAUUCGUAUUCUCCUAAAUCGGCCGUAAUCGUAUUGCUCGCUCGAUGGAGAAAUACAAGCACUGCCCUCUUCGACGGAGCUUUACAAUGCAAUGAUGUACACAGCACACAUCAUUGUCCUACUCGAUGGGGCCUUCCAAUUUCUUGACAGCCUAGUCUGUCGGAUAAAAUUUUUCUGUGAAGCAAGGCUUUAGUAUGAAAUGUG